AUGUAUGGGUUUAGAUUUUCUAUCGACAAUCAUAAGCUAACUGUGAUCGCCACAGACGGAUAUCUAGUAAAUCCUCUGGAAGUGGACUACAUAGCGUUGGAAGGAGGGGAGAGAUAUGACUUUCUGUUGGAGGCCAACCAAGGGGGAGGCAAUUAUUGGAUAAAAGCCGAAACGUUUGAAAUUGAUGGUACUAGCGGUCCACCUUUCAAGUUCAUUGACCACAAAGCUGAAGCAAUUUUGCAUUAUUCUGGUACAGAUGUGCCAAAGCCAACAGAGUUUGCUAACAUUUUAAACUCUCCAAGACAAUGUAGUCCGUGCAAGAUGCUUGAUUGUCCUUACGGAGAACUACACCCUUCAUACAACAUUGAGUGCAUUGGUGAUGACAAACUUAGACUUUUUGCACCAACACCUGCCAGUGAAAUGCCUGAAGAGGAACCAGACAUCACAUACUUCAUAAACAUGGCCGGAUACGCGGGACCACUAAAGCCUGUAAGUAGCCUCAAUGAGAAACAUUUCAGCUUUCCUCAAUUCCCACUAACAACAUACUACGAUAAAAAUGAUGAAGGUUCGUUUUGUGACAUAAACUCUGAGUGUGAGCUGGGAGAGGGAGAGGGAAGGUGCAGAUGUACUACAGUCAUGGACGUUGGCAGUAAUGUGACAGUCAGACUUGUCAUCAGUGCAAUUGGCGAGGAACGAAAAGCUAUUCAUUCUCUUCACAUUCACGGCCACUCUGUGCAUCUCUUGAAAUAUGGGUAUGGACAAUACAGCAGUGAGAAUGGUUCUUUGCUUGGCAGCUCUCGAGACCUGACUUGUAGAGAUGAUGGAAAUGACCGUGAUAUUUUUGACAAGAUUCGUUGCCCUAAUCCUAGUUUCAGAUCGACCAAUAUAUCAUUUACUCUUGACAAGUUCACAGUUCGAAAAGACACCUUUAUUUUGCCGGCUGGUGGCUAUGUGGUGGUUCAGUUCCGUUCUAACAACCCAGGGUAUUGGUUUUUUAAGUGCUACGUCGAGCUUUACUACAGACAAGGAAUGUCGAUGAUAAUACGAGAAGCUGUUGAUCAGAUAAUAGCCCCACCCGAGGAGAUGAAAACAUGCAAUUCAUUUAUUAUGGAUGUCAACGAUUUUAUGACAGCGAUAGAGGAUAAAAGGGGGAGUGGAUAUUCAGUUGCAACAAGCACCUCAUUGCUGCUCUUCAGCAAUGUUGUAAUAACAUUUCUGUUGGACCCGUUUUAA